AUGUCGAAAUUAUCUGAUUUGACUGUUUUUAAGGAAACGAAAAUAAAUCCGUCAGUCAAUUCAGAGCAAAAGGUUUUGAGCAUAGAUGAAAUAGUACCCGAAAUUGGUGAAGUUUCACCAAUUAAAGACGAUACUAUUCAAAUCACCGAAAAUAUCAACGAUUAUUACAUUGCUAAGAGCUUAGAAGCAUUUGCAUUUCCUCAUCCACAAAUCCUAAUAAGUCUCCUUCCAGAUAAAGAGAAUUUUGAUUCAUACGAAAUCCGAAGAAGACUUAAAACAAUAUUCCUUGCACCAGUUGAUGAAGAAUUAUUAACACCAUUGCAAUGCAUUGCUAAUUCAUUUGGUACAACAACGCAACAUCUCAUUUCGACCUUUAAAUUUGAUACAAAAUUUGGAUUUUAUGAGCAAGAGUGGAAGAAGAUUUAUCCAAAGCUCAAAUUCAGUACAACAAGUCCAUUAUCCGAAGAUUGGGCUCUCUUAACCAUUGACAACCUCAAACAACUUCAUAUCCUUGCAUGUAUCUUAGAUACUCGUAUUUAUCUCUUACAUACAGUUUAUUCUGAAGAUGAUACAGAAGAUCCUGUUGUCUUUUCAACAUUUGUUGGACCAGAAUUUCCAAAAUCAAACUGUUACUUGUAUUGCUUAACACAUAACAAGUUCCUUUUAUUAUCAGCGCUUUCAAGAGAAAAGAAAUAUGACAUUCAUCACGAGCUUUCUCAGAAUAUCCAAACAAUUCAUCUUUCUGAUAAAAGAACAGCUCAUUACCUCUCAUUUUCACAGCUUUUCAAGUCUAUUUCGGAAGUUGGAACAUCAUUCAGCAAGUUAAAUUUCUCAUAA